GAAGAGGCACCCCUCGCCCUCAACAACAGAGGGUUAUUCUCCAGACCCCAUUCUUUAAUAGCAGGGCUACGGGCUCCUCCAGCUGCCAUUCUCUCACCCUUUGCUAAGGCUGCCAGGAAUGAAGAGGGGAGGGGAGAAGACGUGGGUGGUGGCAGGAGGCAGGGCCUGGGGGAGAGAGAGCUGGGACCCUGCUGGCUGCAGCCUGAGGACUCUUCCCUGACUCUUCCCCGUGUUGUUGGUGCUUCUGUUAGGCGCUGCCAGGAUGUGUGGCCGGUUCCUGAGGCAGCUGGUGGCUGAGGAGAGCCGGCACUCCACCUCCGUGGGACGCCUCCUGCUCCCCGUGCUCCUGGGGUUCCGCCUCGUGCUGCUGGCUGCCAGCGGGGCCGGGGUCUACAGCGACGAGCAGAGUGAAUUCGUGUGUCACACCCAGCAGCCAGGCUGCAAGGCCGCCUGCUACGAUGCCUUCCACCCCUUCUCCCCACUGCGCUUCUGGGUCUUCCAGGUCAUCUUGGUGGCUGUGCCCAGCGCCCUCUACAUGGGUCUCACUUUGUAUCAUGUCAUCUGGCUUUGGGAAGAGUCAGGAAAGGGGAAGGAGGAGGAGACUCUGAUCCGCCGAGGGGGGAAGAGCAGAGAUGCCUCCGGUCCUGGAAGCCCCAGGCUGCUCUGGGCCUAUGUGGCACAGCUGGGUGUGAGGCUGGUCCUUGAGGGGACAGCCUUGGGCGUGCAGUACCACGUGUAUGGGUUCAAGGUGCCCAGCUCCUUUGCAUGUCGCCGAGAGCCUUGCCUUGGUAGUAUAACCUGUUACCUGUCCCGCCCGUUUGAGAAGACCAUCUUCCUAAAGACCAUGUUUGGGGUCAGUGGGCUCUGUCUCUUGUUCACGCUUUUGGAACUUGUGCUCCUGGGCCUGGGGCGAUGGUGGAGGGCCCGGAAGCACAGAUCUCCCCCUUCUAAGUACUCCCCAACUUCAGAGAGCACCAGAAGACACAAGGAACCGACUGAAAACUUCCCAGCGGUGGAGACCAAAGAGCCGUUCCGAGAAGCAGAGUUAUGAAGCCACCUGGUUCGCCUCUGAAGGGAACUCUGCGAUUGGAUCUUCUUCUGAACAUCCAGUGAGUGGGGAUUUACUUCUGUGACAAAGGAGAGGCCGUUGAAGCAUCUCUAAGGGCCAUGGUGGGCCACGCUGCCUAAGUCUUCCUGGGAGAUUUCCCCCUUGUGCCUUCCUGCCAGAAUCCUCUGGCAUCAGCUUUACAAUGAUCAUGGGCUUGGUUCCAGACUUAGCCAGCAGAAGCCUCCGUAAAGCUGUGCUUCUCCCCUGUCCUGCGCAAUAAAUUCUGACCGCUGCUGUUGGCAUUCCUGUGGCUGAA